AUGGAGAAGCUAAGUUUAAGUAUUGUGAGGCAACAACACAAUGGGGCAAUCAAUUUGCCCCCUGGCUUUAGAUUCCAUCCCACUGAUGAGGAGCUAGUAGUCCAAUAUUUGAGAAGAAAAGUCUUUUCAUGUCCACUCCCUGCCUCCAUCAUCCCCGAGAUCAACCUCGGGAAGUGCGACCCUUGGGAUCUUCCCGGUCGAUGUGAACAAGAGAGGUAUUUCUUUGCGCUCAGAGAGGUAAAAUAUGCAAACAGUAAUCGAUCUAAUCGGGCGACUGGAUGCGGAUACUGGAAGGCCACAAGCAAGGACCGAGCUAUUGUAUCUUCAAAGUACAAUAAAGUGGUGGGGGUGAAGAAAACCCUAGUCUUUUAUCGAGGGAAGGGCCCUAGCGGAUCGAAGACUGAUUGGAUCAUGCACGAGUAUCGCCUAACUAGUUUCCCUCAAAGAAAGAAUUCGACUCACAUAAGUAUUUCCAUCGUCGUUCCUACGAGAGACUGGGUUCUUUGUCGAAUUUUUAUGAAGAAAAGAGCUAUCAAAAUGAACGUUGGCAAUGGAGAACAUCUAGAAGAAGAGGAGCGAGCUAUUGAAUUCAUUGACUUCAUGGGCCGACGAAAUGAAGACAGGCGUCCAUCUUCACCAUCGGAUUCAGAUUCAAGCUGUGUUACAGAGCCUAGGGACGAAUCUAGCAAUUGA